AAUCUUCAUGCAUUGACAGAUCUGUAUUCACAGAUAAUAGUGAAUGUCUCAAUAUUAAAUCAUUGAUUAAGAACUUGAAGACUGUGAUAAUGAAGAAAUUGUCUGUGUUAUAUAUAACUGAGUCUCUCAUAUUUCUCUCUGCCUCUUCUAUUAUUUCUCUUAAAUCUUCUAUACUUAUCUCUGUAUCUGAUUCUCUCACUUCUGCUACCUCUGCUCUCACUACUCUCACUUUCACUACUUCUGCUCUCUCUGUCUCUGCUGCUUCUACUGUUAUUAUUAACUCUUCUCAUUUCAAGAAGAUAUUGCAUAGACUUGAUAAAUCAUGUUUCUCAAGAAUUACUUCUCUCUUUAACAGUAUGAAGAAUAUCUGUGUUUUCAGAAACAGAAACACAGAUAUUAUACUCUUUUACACUUAUAAGUGUGAGACUUUUGCUUCAGCAUCAGAGGUCAUUUUAAUCUCUGAAGAUGACAAUGCUACUGAGACUAUCUUCUUCUAUCUUCAAGCUUCUCUCAUUGUUUUCUCUUUCUUCUUUAUAAAGAAGGUUGUACAUACACUGAGUUAUAAGU